UAUUAAUUGUCAGGGCUUCUCACUCAUGCAUUUACAGAUUUGACUUGCUUGCCUGCCUGUGGCUGCCCUGCUUCAGGACCCAGACCACCUUCUUGGGACCUCUACGGGAGGCUGUUUUCUCCAGCAUCACCUGCAAGAUACAGUCUUUGUCUUGACAUGUUACCACAAGAACUUCGAUAGAGAAGUAAAUACGGCAAAUGUGCACUGGCUGUAAACCUUCUUCUCCUGUUCUGAAUCUUGACAUCAGAAAGCACCAAACUCUUGGAGAAUCUAUAGAACAGCAAAGCAGCCAACUGAAGAAUCAGCAACAACAACGGCAACAACAAAACAGUGGAGAAGGACAUAGAGUUUUCUAUGUUUACUUACCCAGAUGAGAGUCCCCUGCUCUCCCAAUGUGACAAGACCCCCCUUUCCACAAGCAUGCAUCCUCACACCUGCUGAGAAGAUAUGGUUCAGGAAAAGGAGCCAGGAAAGGGUUCUGGGAGGGAGAAAUGUAUUCAGCUCCGUAUUUCCCUACAUAGCAUGAUGCCUGGCACACAGAAUACACUUGGAAUCAUGAAAUUAAAUUGGAAACUGAUGAACUUCAUCUCACAGCAACAGUGGAGUUGUAAUCUGGGAACUAAAUGAGAUCUGCAUGGUCAUGAUUCUGUCAGUGCUCUCAGGAGCAACAAAUUGAAUUAUCUAGGAGAGUGGUCAGAGAUUUUGGACUCUCUUUGAAAAUUCCAUCCAUUCUUUUACCCUACCAAUGUAUAUUGGGAGCAACUGGAGGGAUAGCUGAAAAGCACCCUGAAUACUGUUUCAAGGAUUCUCUGCCGGGCAUGCUCUUCUCAACUUUAUCUUCUCAACUUUUGGGCCAUCAGCUUCCCUAGUGAGCAUUCUCUGGCCGUGGAGCCUGUUUCUGUGCUUCUCUUCUCUGGCCUUCUUCCCACAGCCCUGUGUACUUGGUCUACAAGACCAACCCAAAUAUUGAAGUUGACUUAAAUCUCAGGUUCUUAGAAAAGUUGCUUUGGUCAAAACUUUAGAGAAAUAUUCAACACUCCUUCAAGCUAUGUCCUUGGAUUUUCUCGAUGACGAUUCCUGAUUCGUGGCCCUGGCAGUCUUGGGGAAACGUUGUCCAGUUUCUUCAAUCCAGACCUUGGGGCCUCCUUUUUCUCCACAUCACUCCCACCCAGUUGAUCGAACCACUUUCUAGGACAUAUCAUCCAGCAAGACAUGGUGGUGAACCCUGGCUCUAAGUCUUCAUGAUUAAGCGACUCUUUUGCACAACACAAAGACUCUCAGGGCCCAUGUGGGACAUCGUCAUGAAUGAAAGAAGAAAGUAAUACAAUAUUGGAUGUGCCUCUUUGCUGCCACUGUGUAGAAAGAGUAUGAUGCAUUAUGGGGAAUAGCUCGGAAGGAGUGAAUGAGAUGUGCAGCUUGGAGCGUUGUUUCUGAAGGGAGGAGUCAUUCUCUUGGAGAGGAGUCCUCCAUGAGCCUGGCCGAGGCCCGGGAUCUGUGUGAAGUGGACUAAGGAUUUAGUAGGAUGUCAACUGAGACAGAACUUCAAGUAGCUGUGAAAACCAGCGCCAAGAAAGACUCCAGAAAGAAAGGUCAGGAUCGCAGUGAAGCCACUUUGAUAAAGAGGUUUAAAGGUGAAGGGGUCCGGUACAAGGCCAAGCUGAUCGGGAUUGAUGAGGUUUCUGCAGCUCGGGGCGACAAGUUAUGUCAAGAUUCCAUGAUGAAACUCAAGGGCGUUGUUGCUGGCGCGCGUUCCAAAGGAGAACACAAACAGAAAAUCUUUUUAACCAUCUCCUUUGGAGGUAUCAAAAUCUUUGAUGAGAAGACAGGGGCCCUUCAGCAUCAUCAUGCUGUUCACGAAAUUUCCUACAUUGCAAAGGACAUCACAGAUCACCGGGCCUUUGGAUACGUUUGUGGGAAGGAAGGGAAUCACAGAUUUGUUGCCAUAAAAACAGCCCAGGCGGCUGAACCUGUUAUUCUGGACUUGAGAGAUCUCUUUCAACUUAUUUAUGAAUUGAAGCAAAGAGAAGAAUUGGAAAAAAAGGCACAAAAGGAUAAGCAGUGUGAACAAGCUGUGUAUCAGACAAUUUUGGAAGAGGAUGUUGAAGAUCCUGUAUACCAGUACAUUGUGUUUGAGGCUGGACACGAGCCAAUCCGUGAUCCCGAAACAGAAGAAAACAUUUAUCAGGUUCCCACCAGCCAAAAGAAGGAAGGUGUUUAUGAUGUGCCAAAAAGUCAACCUGUAAGUAACGGUCAACCAUUUGAGGAUUUUGAAGAACGGUUUGCUGCGGCCACCCCGAACAGAAACCUGCCGAUGGACUUUGAUGAGAUUUUAGAGGCAACAAAGGCUGUGACCCAAUUAGAACUUUUUGGGGAUAUGUCGACCCCUCCUGAUAUAACCUCUCCCCCCACUCCUGCAACUCCAGGUGAUGCCUUUAUCCCGUCUUCAUCUCAGACACUUCCGGCGAGUGCAGACAUGUUUAGUUCUGUACCUUUCGGCACUGCUGCUGUACCCUCAGGUUAUGUUGCAAUGGGCGCCGUCCUCCCAUCCUUCUGGGGCCAGCAGCCCCUCGUCCAACAGCAGAUCGCCAUGGGUGCUCAGCCACCAGUCGCUCAGGUGAUGCCGGGGGCUCAGCCCAUCGCAUGGGGCCAGCCGGGUCUCUUCCCUGCCACUCAGCAGCCCUGGCCAACUGUAGCCGGGCAGUUUCCGCCAGCCGCCUUCAUGCCCACACAAACUGUUAUGCCUUUGCCAGCCGCCAUGUUCCAAGGUCCCCUCACCCCCCUUGCAACCGUCCCAACCACGGGUGACUCCACCAGGUCAAGUCCACAGACCGAGAAGCCCAGACAGAAAAUGGGGAAAGAAAUGUUUAAGGAUUUCCAGAUGGCCCAGCCGCCACCCGUGCCCUCCCGCAAACCCGACCAACCCUCCCUCACCUGUACCUCAGAGGCCUUCUCCAGUUACUUCAACAAAGUCGGGGUGGCACAGGAUACAGAUGACUGUGACGACUUUGACAUCUCCCAGUUGAAUUUGACCCCUGUGACUUCUACCACACCAUCAACCAACUCACCUCCAACCCCAGCCCCUCGACAGAGCUCUCCGUCCAAAUCAUCUGCAUCCCAUGCCAGCGAUCCCACCACAGAUGACAUCUUCGAGGAGGGCUUCGAAAGUCCCAGCAAAAGUGAAGAGCAAGAAGCUGAGCUGGAGCCUCUCUAUGCGCAGAUCAACAGACCUAAGAAGUAGCAUCGAGGUGAGCUCACGGCAGGUGCUUCAAGACUGGCAUGGAAAUCAGCAUCGCGACAGGCUCUCUCUUGUAUUCUUCUGCCUCACCUCAUCCCACGACGAAAUUCACGAUUGCCCAAUGGAACUCAUUUGGAAGAGGAAACUAAGGGUUUUUGGCAACCAUGGCAGAUAACUAUGGCAGCACAAAAAAAAUCAAAAAAGUAUAAAAAAUCAUACCCAACAUUAAAUCACAAACCAAGCAAAUGCUUACCCGACAAAUGUUUUGAGCUCUCUUAACAUGGGUUUAAGAUGACCCAGUCUGCAAAAUUGUAAUUCUCUUUUAUUUUUCGACCUGUUGACCGCUGUAAAGACAUCAAAUGUGGAGUGACAGGCCUCAGAGAGUGACAACAGGGUUGGCGCUGACUUCUUUCAGACAAAAGCAAGAGGUCCUCUGUGACUACAGUAUCCUCAUCCAUAUGCCUUUUGACAUAUGACGACAUCUUCUCAUCACUCCACAGGGCCUGGUCUGCCAUUUUCCCCCUUUCCUUUGUCAUGUUUGAAAAUUAAUGGGUGUAAAAAUUUUUGUAUUGCUUUUGACUUUUUUUAGAUAUGGGUGAGGAAAUCUAACUGGAAAAGAAAAGCCUCAUAUGAAAUGAAUUAACUUGAAAAUCACAAGACAAAUAAGUGGUUGAUUAUUCUUUAUGAUCAAGAAUGUUGCCAAAACAAUCCUUUAACUAUUCUGCAUCAUGGCAAAGAAAAAGACAGCUUUUGGUUGGAACCUUCAUUCUGUGAGUUGGAAAGGACAUCGGAUCCCAUUGAUGAGAAAGAUGAAAAAUGCAUCUGAUUUUCUCAGAAGCUCUAAACUCUAAGUACAAUAAAAUGAUAUUUUUUAUUUUUCCGAUAUCUUGCUGCUGUGAUGCUAUGCAGACAAGUGUCUUCUCCACGUGCCAUUUUCAAAGAAAAGUCAUUUGCCAAAUAAUUCUGGUACAAUCCUGGGAAUGUGGUUUUGGAUCUUAAAACCGACUUUCUAGUGGAACAGUGGUGACAUGGAUAUUCGGAAUAGCAAAUGGAUUCCAGGAUCACAAUGGUUCAUCUCUCUUUUUGUACAUCAGAAAAUUCAAAUGGGAUUUUUAUUUUAUAACUUGAAAAAAAAAAAACCUUACCAUUAAACUCUUUAAAUAUUUAAGGGAAAUGGCUUUAAGGAGUUCUAAUGAAAAAAAAAUGCCAGUUUUUUUUUUUUGUAAAUAUAAAUGUUAAUGAAAAUGCUUUUUAAUAAUGCCAUUACACUGUAGAGAAGGUAGCAGAUUGAGUGCAGGAUGUGACAAACUUGAUGGAUGGGGCUCCCUCUCCAGAUGUUACUGUGGAGCAUAUGGGAGGAAGCUGGAGUUUAGGGACAGCUGGCAGGAACACUUGGCCAAUCGGCAGCUAGUGAACAGGAAGGGGGGCACGUGACCCCACAGUCUACUCCAACCUUUCCGCAAGAGUAUCCGCCAUCGACGGCAAACAGGAAAACGUUCACAUUUUGAAGGCCUGUCCUUCAGAUUCUGAAACGCCCUCUCCCCCCACACACACACCUCUUCACUACCACCAACCCCCAUAGAGAUCACUGGACUGUUUGUAUGUGAAACAGAAGAGUUUAAGCUUCCUUUUUUUACAUUUAUGAGACAAAAAAGUGCAGUGUUCAGUUUGUAUGUUUAACACAUGAUUUUCAUAAAGAAUCUAUAUAUUUUUGCCCUACAGAGAAUUGUUCUACAGGUCAAGUGUGUUCUCCGGAUGUUCCUAUGCAGUUCCAGUAUGUUGAAUUUAGUGGUUUAACACUAAGGAGAAAACUUGAGAGGACCGUGUGAUUAACUGGGUUUGGGGUUAACUGUUAUUACUUGGGUUUUAAAAUUUGGAAAGUAGAAUUGACAUUGAUAUGAUUGACUUAAAUAGGCCUGUGUACUGUGCUUCGUCAUAUCAAUAGAAAGUAAAGUGGUUUGAAAGAAGGUAUAUUUGUUCACAAAGAAAAAAAUCAAAAUUCAAGAUAAUCAUUACUGCUCGAGGCCCAAAUUUUACACUAUCGGGUCACUGGAACGUGAUUUUUUUCCCAGUUAGGUAAACUGACCAAAUGUCCUUACAGAAUAUAUGUCGAUGUCAGCCUAACAUGGAAGGUCCAAAGAACCAGGAAAGUGAGAAGGGCCAUUUACCCCCCUCUGUAACUAUCACCUGUUGGUCCACAUGAUUUCUCCAGGAAUGUGCAUCCAUUUUAUAAUUAAGUCAUCCUUUCACCUGAAUGGGGAAAAUGGGAAAGAUGUGAUGACCCUGAGAGUCGUCCUGAAACCGGUUCGAUUCUGUUUUCUGGGGAUUUGAUACGAUAGGCAGUUCCCCUGGGGGACAUGGCUUCAGUUGCUCUGUUGUCCGAGAUUCUGAUUCUAAACAAGUGGUGCUAAAUCUCCUCCCUCACUAUGGCUGUCUUGAGUUUGUCUCUCAGUUAUCACACCAUUAUACCGAUUCUUUGGGUUGCUUGUGACAUGUUCAAAGUGAACGCUGACCGAUGUUGCUGUUUCACGUACACCGUCUGGAGUUAAUUUCAUAGCAGAAAGUGACAGCCCAGUGGACUUGUCAUCAUUCAUUGAAUGUGAUUGAAAGUGUUACUGGCUCUGAACCUAACAAAGAUGCCUGUGUGAUGCAUUAAAGUGAGGGAAAUAAAGUCAAGAUUUUAAACUGCCAUCCAUGUUAUCUUUGGCAGAAUUCUGAUCCUUAACAAGCCCUGUUUGGUGAGCUCAGAACCACCACAUCCUAUCCCAAGAGUACAGUGGAAUUUCCAAGUAAGAGCCGGGGAGCCAAUACCAAAAGGCCAUGGGGAGUCUGCCCAGUUCCGGUUAGAUCGAUAGAAAAUCCGUGUGUAACAACUGUUAAUUCCUCAUCCUUCACUAGCACUAAAUUUGUCACUUUAAAUUUUGAAACCAGGGAAACGCCACCUGUCAUUCUGUCCCCAUGACCCGUAGCUCUUCGAUCUUUCCAUGCCACAAGACUUUUUUUAUAAUCCGUACUCAUCCCAGUGUCUACUGAAACCCCAUCAUGUCAUGUACCGGGCACCUUCUUUAAAAAAAAAAAAAAAUGUUUACUCUGUGGGUUUGGUUCAUUUCAAUUUCUGCGUUCUGACACAUAUUUUUUUAAUAAAGAUGAGAAAGAGAAAAUGACUGUUUGCAGUACAUUUCUAGACCUACUUUAACUUUACCUCAGAUGACAGUUUGUUAACAUAUAUGGACACAUUAUUUUUAACUUUAUGUACAAUACAUUCAACAACAGUGAAAUUUUUAGAAAUUUUCCAUUAAUUUCUGUAACACGCCAUGUAUAACUGUUAACAAAUAAACAUGUUUGAGAACAACA